GCAGUUCAGUUUUAAGUUAUUACAUUUCUCACAUAAACAAAAAUAUAAUUUACAAGAGCUAUAAUCUUUUUUAACCAGAUUACUUUUUCAGCACUGGGUAUAACCUGACAGUUGUGAUACACUACAUAUAUAAUUCGGAACUUUCUGAAUAUUAUGUAUAUUCAUCACAACAAAAAAGUAUGUAAUACAUUUUUUAUUUAUUACAGCACAUAGAGCAAAUAGUGUGAAAAAAGGAAUUAACAUUUCUUCACAUUAAAUUGGUGGGUUAGGUUUACAAUAUUGGCCAGAAGAGGGCAGAGUUAGCACAUUUAGUAGCACAGCUAGAUCUAUUCAGGCUUCCUCUGCUCUCUCCUCCCCCUGGCUCAGUGAUUCACCCUCCCUUCUUUUCCUACACACAAAGAGGAGCUGCUGUACAGAAAAUACAAUGGCGUGGAUAUGUUUUUCUAUGGAUGGAUUACUUUCUCAAUGUUAGGAAGAUAAUUUGACAGCUAUAGGCAUUGUGGAUUACACAGGAUCUAUGUUCAAUACAAUAUCAAGGAAACCCUGUAAGAUAUGGACAUCAGAGACUGCUGUCUGUGUUGGAAAUGGCAAGUAGCUUUCUCCCUUCUCCUUUGUAGCUGGGGCUGGGUCUCUGGGCAGCUUCGUUAUUCUAUUGUGGAGGAGUCUGAUCCAGGGACAUGGGUAGGGAAUGUAGCUCAAGAUCUGGGCAUAAAACGUGCAGAGAUUGCUCAGCGCAGAUUACAUUUAUCAUCUGGGAAAUACCAAAAAUAUUUUACUGUAAACAAGGAAAAUGGAGGCUUGAUUAUUAAUGAUAGGAUUGAUAGAGAGAUCUUGUGUGGAUCCAGUGUAAGCUGUAUGCUGCGUUUAGAGGUGGUUGCUGAAAACCCUUUGGAGCAUUUCAUUAUAGACAUAGAGAUUCAGGAUAUUAAUGAUAAUUCUCCCAUAUUCUUAACCAAUGUGUAUCUUAUUGAAAUUACAGAAAUAUUCACUAGUGCUGGUACUCAGUUUGCCUUAGAAAUUGCAAAAGAUCUAGAUGUUGGUAUUAAUGGUGUUAGUCAGUACAUAUUAAAUACAAAUCCUUAUUUCUCAUUGUCUGUAAAGAAUCGUAAGGAUGGCACUCUCAUCCCUCAGCUGAUAUUAGAGAAGGUGUUAGAUAGGGAGGAGAAACAAGAACACAAUCUUAUUCUCACUGCUUUCGAUGGAGGAGAACCGGCUAGAUCAGGAUCCUGUCAUAUCACAAUAAAAGUGUUAGAUAUUAACGAUAAUUCACCAAUUUUUGAUCAAUCAGUUUAUAAGAUUAAACUGAAGGAAAAUCUCCCUUUAAAUACAAUUGUGCUAUCAUUAAAUGCAACAGAUUUGGAUGAAGGGGCAAAUGGAGAAAUUCUGUAUUAUUUUGAUAGUCACACUUCUGACUCCUCAAGACUGUUAUUUGAUUUAAACCAGCAUAGCGGAGACAUAUUUAUCAAAGGAUAUGUGGAUUAUGAAGAGUUCAAUUUCCAUGAAUUAUCAAUAAAAGCAGAAGAUAAAGGAUUACCCAGACUGAUAGGAAAUUGUCUGGUUCAGGUAGAAAUAGAAGAUGUCAAUGAUAAUCCCCCAGAAAUGUCUUUCUCUUCUUUGAUGAAUGAAAUUCCAGAAAAUAUUCCACUAGGAACAUCUGUAGGAAUAAUUAAUGUGGAAGACAGGGAUUCAGGAAAAAAUGGUGAAAUACAAUUGGAUAUGUCACCAAAUUUACCCUUUAGGAUCAGCACGGUUAAAAAUUAUUAUUCCCUCAUCACUGAUGGGAAUCUGGAUAGAGAAAAAAUAGCCCAAUACACUAUUGAGCUGACAGCUUCUGAUUUAGGCUCUCCAGCGCUGUCUGCUAAGAUGACUGUUAUUCUCAGGGUUUCUGAUGUUAAUGAUAAUGCUCCAACAUUUACACAAUCUGCCUAUAAUGCCUUCAUUAAGGAAAACAGUGACCCAGGGACUUUUCUUUGUACAGUCUCUGCUACUGAUGUAGAUGAGGGGGUUAACUCUGAUCUGGUGUAUUCUAUAGUGGAGACCCAGAUAGAUGGAUCGUCUUUAUCCUCUUUUGUUUACAUUAAUUCCAAUACUGGUGAUAUAUAUGCUCAGCGUUCCUUUGACUAUGAGCACAUUCAGACUCUACAAAUCACCAUAAAAGUAGAGGAUUCUGGAUCACCAAAGUUAUUUUCCACUGUCCCUGUCUUUAUAUUUAUAUUGGAUACAAAUGACAACUCCCCCACCCUGCUGUAUCCGGAGCACUCUGAGGAUCUCAUUGUCCAAGAGAGGAUCCCAAAAUCUACAAGUGCUGGAUAUCUGGUGACAAAACUGACUGCAGUGGAUCUGGACUCCGGUCACAAUGCCUGGUUGGCCUUUAAUAUCAUUGACCCUGGUAGUUCUUCUCUAUUCCAGGUGUCUAAACACACAGGAGAGGUCAGCACUGCACAAGGAAUUCAGGAAGCAGAACAUACAGAGCAACAACUUAUCAUCUCUAUCAGUGAUCAUGGGGAUCCUCCAUUAUCUACUACUAUUACUGUAUUUGUCAUUAUAGCAGAUGAUGUUGUAGUACAAAGACCCAAAUCUGGGGAUUUUCUCACAAACUCCAAACCCCCAUCAGAUAUGACUUUAUAUUUAAUUGUUUCUCUUGUGGCUAUCAGCAUAGUUUCCCUUGUUACUUUCAUUAUACUACUGGUGAAAUGUCUGAGAAAGGAAAGUUAUGGUUAUAGUAGCAGUUGUUGUUAUCUCAGUGGAUCUGACACUAAGUCAUACAUGGAUCAGUAUCAGCCGGCUCUUUUCCUGAAUACAUGGAACCCUAAAGUAUAUGGAGGUCAGGAUGGUUCCUCCAGGAGUACAAGGACAAUGUUACCAAACUAAUGUGCCCCUGGCCCCACAACAGAGGGAUUCAGCAUUUCUACAGUAUCUGGAUUUUCCUCAGCUACGGGAACUAGUUAAAGACAAUGAUAGUAC